AAAGCCAUUCACACACUGAACGUCGGCUGUGGCGAUACCGUCUUAAAUUAAUAUUUAUUAUUAUUUAUAAUGUCUAAGGGCAUUGAAUUUUUACGUAACUUGGUCAGUGUUACCGUGCUUUGUAUUUGUUUCCAUGGCACUUUGCAAUUGGUACCUUUGCCUGACUUUAUCCAUCCUUGCGGCGAGUUAACCGAUGAAUGUUUCACAAAAGCAACUAUGGAUGCGAUCCCGGGUGUGGUCAGGGGCAUCCCGGAGGCCGAUAUACCGCCACUCGAUCCGUUAUACUUAGAUAGAAACAUAACUAUGAAUUUACCGGGAAAUGUUAAAAUGACUUUCCACAAUGGAAAAUUAACCGGAUUAAGCACUUGUAUACCGGACAAAGUUUCAUCUAAACGUGAAAAACGGACGUUUAUUUUCGACAUACAUUGUAACUUUACUAUUAGAGGUCAAUACAGUAUUCUUGGAAGAAUUCUGCUUUUCAAUCUUGACACAGAGGGCAGUGCCAAAAUUAAAAUAUGGAAUCAACGCAUUCAUUUAGAAGUGUUAGAAAAGGUCAUAAAAGACAAAAAUGGAGAAGGACAUUACAAAAUUAACUCUUAUAAAUACAAGGCUGACUACGGUUCUGAUCUCAAACUUAAUCUUACAAACCUCUUUAGAGGCAGCCCACAAAUAAGCGCAAACAUCUUGGAAGUUCUGAAUUCAAACUCUCAACUAGUCGCGCAGGAGUUCGGAGGGCCUAUCCUCGACUAUGCAAUAGACUACGCGAUGAACGUUACCCAACGAUUCUUUAGCACUUACACCUAUGAUCAAAUAAGCAAAGUCCCACUAACCGAGGAAUUCUUUGAAGAGGAUUAAAUUAACACCUACUAAUGUAAGAUUAUGUCAGUAUUCAAUUUGCUCCAACGGAAAGAUUGAUCAAUCCUUCCUCAUACUUAAAAUAUAAAAUUAAAUUUAAAUCAUAUAACUAUAAAACGAGACAGAUAUGCCAACGAACUGCCGAUUCUGUGCAAUAACAACGCAAUACUUAUGACAUAAUAUAAGAGUGUAGCGAUUGCACAUAGCUGUCUACCACAAAUAGGGCCAACGUUGGAACGCACAUUUGUUGGUACCUACAAUUUAAAUAAUGCAAUCGUUGCUUCUUUACCAAUCGUUAGCCAUAUAACACAUCUAGUAAAAUGACGAUUGGACAUAAGUUGGAAUGUUGGAAAAAUCGUAUUGGCACAUCAUUAUGAAUUUAUAGUACAAUAUUUAGGAACAAAAUGUUUAUCAAGCGUUUUCAUCUCGU